AUGGCCGACGUCAAAGACAUCCCAGACAAUGUGUCCACCAUUUCAAUGAAACAGGAUGUUGAAAAUGCCGAGUAUGUCGCAGGCAGAGCCAGACCAGAGGCCCCCGCCUAUAUCCAGUCGCUCAGCCCAGAGGAACGCGUGACUGCCGAGAAGGCUCUGGUGCGCAAGAUCGACUUUCGUCUGAUCCCUACGAUCAUCAUCAUCUACAUUUUGAACUACCUCGACCGAAACAACAUUGCCGCCGCACGACUGGCCGGCCUCGAAGAUGACCUCAAGCUCCACGGAACACAAUACCAAACUGCCGUGUCGAUCCUAUUCGUGGGCUAUUUACUGAUGCAAGUCCCGUCGAAUCUGUUCCUCAACAAGUUCGGGAAGCCGUCCGUCUACCUCUCCACGGCAAUGGUCAUCUGGGGCAUUAUCUCCACCGCCACGGCCGCUGUCCAAUCUUUUGGAGGCUUGAUCGCCGUUCGUUUCUUCCUGGGGUUUAUCGAGGCCGCCUACUUCCCUGGAUGCCUAUACUAUCUCUCCAGCUGGUAUACGCGGAAAGAGCUCGGCUUUCGUACUGCCAUGCUUUACUCCGGCUCCUUACUUUCUGGCGCCUUCUCUGGCCUCAUCGCGGCGGGUAUCACCGAUGGGCUAGACGGUGUCCACGGCCUCAGAGCCUGGAGAUGGCUGUUCAUCGUCGAAGGCUCCAUCACCAUCGGUGUCGCCGCGGCGGCCUACUUUGUGCUGCCCAACUUCCCGCGCACCACGCCAUGGUUGAGCGAGAACGAAAAGAUUUUGGCUGCCUGGAGACUAGAGGAAGACAUCGGCGAGGAUGAUUGGAUUGACAGCGAACAUCAAUCAUUCCUGCACGGAGCCAAAUUGGCGGCGAAGGAUAUCAAGAUGUGGAUUCUGAUGGUCAUCCUCUUCUGCAUCGUCUUCUCCGCCAGCGUGACCAAUUUCUUCCCCACGGUGGUCGAGACACUAGGCUACUCCAAGAUCAACUCGUUGCUCCUCACCUGCCCCCCCUACGUGCUGUGCGUCAUCACCGCUUUCAUCAACGCCUGGCACGCCGACCGUACCGGUGAACGUUACUGGCACAUCACCGCCCCUCUAUACUUUGGUGUCUUCGCCUUCAUCCUGGCCGCCGCAACCACCUCCACCGCACCACGCUACGUCGCUAUGAUGUUGAUGGUCCCCGGCGUCUACACCGGCUACGUCGUCUGUCUGGGCUGGAUUUCCAACACCUUGCCUAGGCCUGCGUCGAAGCGCGCCGCCUCUAUUGCCGCCAUCAACGCUGUCUCCAAUACCAGUUCCAUCUUUGCCAGCUACAUGUUCCCCAAGUCUGCAGGGCCGCGGUACGUUCUGGCUAUGUCGCUGUGCUCCGCGACGGCUGCGAUUGCGGUCAUUUUUGCUACGAUCUUGAGGUUCAUGCUCGUCCGCCUGAACAAAAAGCUCGACCGUGGCGAGUUCGUCGAAGGCGCCAUCAACAAUGACCCUUCUGCAGCUGAAGCCGGUGGCACCAAAUUGCCCAGUGUGCUGACUGCUGGAGAGGCUGUGCCCGCAGAGGCGGCCAAGAAAGGUUUCAGGUUUUUGAUUUAG